GUGAUUUUUAAGCCCUAGCGGCGCUACUCUCUCUCGCCGUUGCCGAAUCGAGUUUAAACCCGCACCAGUCAACAUGCCAUCGGCGGCAGAAACUCCACAAGCACCUUCCUUAUCAGCCCACCUUAUCGGCCGCCGUCACCCCACCAAGAGCUUCUCCAAACAAUAAACCCCGCACAAGAACCCUAUAUCUUCCUCCUCCUUUCUCCUCCAACGUAAAUUUCUCCAGCAACUAUUCCCAAAACAUACUCCCCCAAACAACCCAACCACAAAACCCACCACAAUGUCCACAACCGCUAUCCCCCUCCACCCACCCACCGCCCUCCCCGCCUCCGCCGCCGCCCACUCGCUCGCCCCCUCCGCCCUCUCCUCCCUCUCCUUCCUCGCCUCCUCCGCUCGCUCCGCCGCCUACGCGCCCUACUCGCGCUUCCGCGUCGGCGCCGCCGUGCUGCUCUCAGACGGCACUGAGGUCUCCGGUGCGAACAUCGAGAAUGCGUCGUACCCCGUUGGGACCUGCGCUGAGCGCGUUGCGCUGGGGUCUGCGAUCAUGAGUUUGUUGGAUCAUGGGCAAAAUAAGAGGGCGAAGGUGGAGGUGGGGGAGGUGGAGAGGGAGGAGAGGGCGGGGGUGGCGGAGUUUAAGGGGGGGUGGAAGAAGGGGACGUUUAGGGCGUUGGCGGUUACGAGUGAUGCAGUGGGGGUGAUUAGUCCGUGUGGGAUGUGUAGGCAGUUUAUUAAGGAGUUCUGCGACGCAUCGAUGCCGGUGUAUAUGUUUGACAAGGUGGGGAAUUUCCAUGUCUUGACUGUGGAGCAGUUACUCCCGCUGUCGUUUACGAUGGAUUCGAUGCCAGAUUUGGUUGCGACGGCUAAGGCGAGGGAGAAGGCGGCGUAGAUUUUGUUAGGGGGGUGGAAUCGAGUUAUAAUAUUGUCAAAGUCGAAGGCGAAAAGCAGGGUUAUGAGAUGGGAUUGUAUUUUUGGCCCAUAUUGGACUGUAUUUAUCAUCGACAGAACCAAGCUGAGUGUCUAUAAAUUGAUAUAGUUUGACCUUUCAAUACAUUCUUGUUAAUCUCAG